UGGUGGGUAAUCACGGUGGAAUAAAACGACACUCUCAAAUCCACUUUUGGGGUUUCCCAUAUCUCAAAACAAACCAGCCAACCAAUCAAGUUCACUUAAUUUAUUUUUUUUAAUUAUUUAAAUUAUUGACAUUCAUCUCUCCGUCGUUCACAACAACCAACCACGUCGGCUAGGCCCUGUUGAGAGGGCUACAGCCGGAGAUUCUCAAUUGCCGGCGACCAAUCGAAGAUGUGUUCGCCGGGCAAUCCCAACUGGGAUUUUGAUUACGCCUUAAUAGACGACCUUCCUGUCCCUGGCGGUGACCUUCUUCAACUUGGAGAGCCGCCAAGUUUUACCUGGCCUUCUCAUUCUUUCACUGCUCCUACCGCUCUCAGUGUAGAAUUUAAUGACUCAUAUGGGAACUCUGAUGGACUUAAGGAAACCAAGUCUCAGAAACGGUUGAGGCCUGAAUCAUGUGGUGCAUCUGGUUCCAAAGCAUGUAGAGAAAAAAUGCGGAGGGAUAGACUUAACGACAGGUUCCUGGAAUUGGGUUCUAUUUUGUAUCCUGAAAGGCCUAAUAAAAUGGACAAAGGAGUUAUAUUAAGUGAUGCUGUACGGAUUGUGACUCAGUUGCGUAGGGAAGCCCAAAAGCUAAAGGAAUCAAAUGAGCAGCUCGAGGAGAAAAUAAAUGAAUUAAAGGCUGAGAAGAACGAACUUCGAGAUGAGAAGCAGAGGUUAAAGGCAGAGAAAGAUACCCUUGAUCACCAAGUGAAAGCUCUCAGUAAUCAACCAGGUUUCCUACACCCUCCCGCCGUACCAGCUCCUUUUUCUGCUCCAGGCCAUGUCAUUGGCAGCAAGCUGGUGCCCCUUGGGUACCCUGGAAUUUCCAUGUGGCAGUUUAUGCCGCCAGCUGCUGUUGAUACUUCUCAGGACCAUGUUCUGCGUCCUCCAGUUGCCUAGCUUGGCAGAAUUUGUUUGUAUAGCAUCUUUGAAGGACAUAGUUAUAUGGCCUUUCUAGUGCAUGAUAAGGGCAAUGGAGUACAUAAGUUGGUAGUUGCAAUUUAAUUAACAAUUUUGGUAUCUAGUUUACCAAUUUUGACUUGUCAAAUUGUGUAUUGCGAUUACUUUGGAACAACUGUAUCUAUGCAUAACCGGGGAGAGAGGCUGAAGGCUUUUAUUAGAAUCGAGUUCAGUGAAGCAAUUUUUCUUUGAACACUGUUUCUGCAAGGUUAGGAUGUAACAGAGUAGACAACAUUAAGAUGAAAUGCAAAAUCUUCUUUAUUUUGAA